AUGGCUUCUGGACGAAAGCAUCUGUUGAAAGUAAUCAUCUUAGGUGACUCAGCGUAAGCCUUUAUUUAGGGUCGGAAAAACUUCUCUCAUGAAUCAAUAUGUCAACAAACGCUUUACCCAGCAAUACAAAGCCACAAUCGGUGCUGAUUUCUUAACCAAGGAAGUAAUGAUUGACGAUAAAUUGGUAACUCUCCAAAUCUGGGAUACCGCUGGCCAAGAAAGAUUCCAAAGCCUUGGAGUUGCCUUUUACAGAGGAGCAGACUGCUGCGUGAUGGUCUAUGAUAUAACUUCAAGUAAAAGCUUUGAUAAUAUCAGUUCAUGGAAGGAUGAGUUCUUAAGCCAGUCAAAUCCCAAAAACCCAGAAAAUUUCCCAUUCGUUGUGCUUGGAAACAAGCUUGAUAAAGAAAGCGAAAGAAAAGUCCCGAACGCAAGAGCUUCACAGUGGUGUAGAGAUAAUGGCAAUAUGCCGUUUUUCGAAACCUCAGCUAAGGAUGCCAUAAAUGUAGAUGAAGCUUUCCAAACAAUUGCAAGAAAUGCACUUUCUCAAGUAAAAGAAGAGGAAGAAUAUAAACCUACAAUCAAUCUCAACGGUGGCAAAAAAGAUAAGGGCCAAAAGAAAGCUUGCUGCUAG